UAAUUAUAGUAGGAGGACUAAUGCCUUAAUUUAUUUUUUUUUCUUUCAAUGGCGCUUCCCUCCACGGCUCCAUUUCAUCCCGAACUAAAAUUCCCUCCCUUUGCUGGAUUUUUUUUGGCUCUCUCUUACCGUCCCCCACGAUGCCACGCCGAAACCCUCAAACCCUCUCCCCCGCGCCACCAAAGCCUCUUUUCGUUUCCGAUUGAAUCUCCAUCUCCGGGAAGCAAUCGAUCUCUCGAUUCGGAUCGUUUACACUCAUGUCCGGCUCGCGAACUCCUGCCACAGUGGCGGCGCCGCCACUUGCUCCGCCGGCUGCUAAUGGAGUAGCAGGAACCCAGAUCCCCAGGCCAACCAGGCGCCACCUGGCCUUCGCUUCUAUGAAGCCGCCGUUUGUGCCUCCGGAUGACUAUCACCAGUUCUCCACUCCAGGCUCUGAUGCUGGGCUCUCAACGGAAAAUGGUCACCGGGCGGAAGCUAUUAUUUUCAAGUCCCCCGCAUUCAAGCGAAAGGGUAGAGUGGGUUCUUGUGAAGCUGAGUCUUGUGAAUGGAGUUCUAGUCCCAGGUGCAUUGAUAUGGUCAACAGCCCCCUCCGAACACCUGUAUCUGUAAAAGAUGAAAAAGCCUGCGCAAGGCCAAAAGCCACAAAGAAUUAUAGGUCUCGAUCAGCAACUCCCGUGUCCAAUGCAGGUUGUCCUUCCCCUCUGACUCCUGCAAACUGCCGCUAUGACAACUCCUUAGGACUUCUAACAAAAAAAUUCAUCAACUUGAUCAAGGAUGCCGAAGAUGGUGUUAUUGAUCUUAACAAAGCUGCUGACUCUUUGGAGGUGCAAAAGAGACGUAUAUAUGAUAUAACAAAUGUUCUUGAGGGAAUUGGUUUGAUUGAAAAGAAGCUCAAGAACAUAAUAAAAUGGAAGGGAGUUGAACCUUCUGGACCUGAAGAUGUAGAUUCUGAUGCCUCAAUUUUACGGGCAGAAGUUCAUAACCUUUCCAUGGAAGAACAAAGGCUGGAUGAACGUAUAAGAGAAAUGCAGGAAAAGCUAAGGGGCUUAAGCGAAAAUGAAAAAUAUAAAAGAUGGCUAUUUGUAACUGAAGAGGAUAUAAAAACUCUGCCUUGCUUUCAGAGUGAAACAUUGAUAGCAAUUAAAGCUCCACAUGGGACCACUUUGGAAGUCCCAGAGCCUGAUGAGGCAGUAGAUUACCCCAGGAGGAGAUACAGAAUAAUUCUCAGAAGCACAAUGGGCCCUAUUGAUGUUUACCUUGUCAGUCAAUUUGAGGAGAAAUUUGAGGAGAUGACUGGUGUUGAAGUUGAACCAUCAAUGAGUGUCCCAGUUGCUUCAAGUUCUAGCUCAAAUGAUAAUAUCUCAGUGGAUUUAUCAGCUAUGACCAAUAGUCUGCCAGAUAUUGGAUCACAAACACAUGAUGAUAGCCAAAUAAGCUGUGAUCUUGGUGCUUCACAGGAAUUCAAUGGAGGAAUGACAAAAAUUGUCCCUUCUGAUGCUGACAACGAGGAAGCAGAUUAUUGGCUCCUCUCAGAUGCUGAUGUUAGCUUGACUGAUAUGUGGAAGACAGAUGGUUCCAUCGAUUGGGGUGUGGAGAGUAUGCUUCAUGAAUUUGGAAUAUCUGAGAUAGCUACACCACGGCCAGAUACUCCAUCCGUUGCUGCUCAUGUACCUACUGCUGUAAAUUUGGCACCAAGAUGAAUAGAUAGAUAUACGGUAGCCUGAGAUCGCCUGAUUUCCAGGCAACUUCAUCAGGUGCUAGUUUGUGGGACCUGCUUCACGUCAUCGCUAAAUUUGAUUGGCUUUGGUUCUUUAAGAAACUAGGCUUGGUAAUACUUCCAUACAAUUGGAACCACAAUGAGGAGCACACAAACAAGAGCAAUUGUGUCAAGAACCAAGAAACUACUCAGCCCGUCGCGACUCGCGAUUACAGAGGUAAAUUACUAAAUUGCUGUCAUUUGUAGGGUGGGGAUAUUGGCAGCAUUUUAUUUGAGGAAAAAAAAUAUUGUUUUUGAUGUGAUUGUUUAUCUGUGAAGUUUAAAGUUAUUUCAUUUCUUUGUACAACUUGUUUUCUUCUCAAACGGAUGAAUCUCCUCAUUAGUUUGCUGGAGAGUUUUAUGAAAUAUAUGGCUUAUAGCAAA